CACUGGCAGCUGGCAACAACAGAUGGGGAUUGCAGAGAGGAGCUGGUGGCGUUGGGGCAGUGCUGCAGCCCAGAACGGGAACAACUAAAAGAAACUAGGAUAUGGGAAGCAUGAACGGAAAUCACGCUGGUAGAAAGAAAUUGGAGGAUUGACAAGAGAAUCGUUCAAAAGCCACCCAGACACUGGCCUGGAGAGAGAAAAGGUGGCAGCACUGGCCACAAUGCUGUCUGGCCGGUGGUGGCCAAGUACCUGGGGCAGCCUAGGGCUGGGGCCCCGAAGCUCUUCCCAGAGGUCCCAGCUCUGUGCCCUCUAUGCCUUUACUUACACUGGGGCAGAUGGCCGGCAGGUGUCUCUGGCUGAAGGGGACAGGUUCCUGCUACUUCGAAAGACCAACUCGGACUGGUGGCUGGCCAGGCGCCUGGGAGCACCCGCCACUUCCAGACCCGUCUUUGUGCCAGCUGCCUAUGUGACAGAGGAACCCAUGCCUUCCAGGAGCCCAACUACCACUACCCCCAGCCAAUCCCUCUGGACUCCUGGUGGGCCUAAGUUGUUCAGUGGCUCCCUGGAGGAAUUGCAGCUGUCCCAGGCAUCCCCAAGCACAGCCCAGGCGACAUCUGAGCAGCCUCCUCCCCUUCCCCCCAAAAUGUAUAGAAGUGUCAGUGUUGCCAAUUUGAGGUCCAGGCCCGGGAAGCCCUUCCGGGAAGGAUCCAGUGGAAGAUCUUUCUCCCAGGAAGACUUGCUGACCACGGCCAAGGCCAGCACGGCAGGACCCCAGCCCCUCAUGUCAGAGCCCCCUGUGUACUGUAACCUGGUGGCGCUCCGCCGCUGUCCCCGGUCCCCGCCGCCAGGCCCUGCUUGUGCCCCGCUGCAGAGACUGGAUGUCUGGGAGCAGCACCUGGACCCCGACUCCGGACGCUGCUUCUACGUAAACUCGCAGACCGGCUGCAAGUCCUGGAAGCCCCCUCGCCGCCGGCGCCCGCCAGAGACGAAUCCUGGCUUCAUGGAGGGGACGGAGCCCCUGAAUAGAGAAAACGGGGUCCUGCAACCUGAGGCAAAGGGCACGGGAUCUGACAUAGGGACCCCAGAACUGCUUGACCCACAGGGUUCACCCCGCCCCUGCCAGCGCACCUCCCAGCUCCAGCAGCCUCCCGCCUCGCAGCCCCCUCGACCUAUGCCGCAGCUCCUGGAGGACCCCCACGAGGUGGAAAAAUCAGGCCUACUCAACAUGACCAAGAUUGCCCAGGGCGGACGCAAGCUCAGGAAGAACUGGGGACCGUCUUGGGUGGUGUUAGCGGGCAACAGCCUAGUGUUCUACCGAGAGCCACCGCCGACUGCGCCCUCCGCGGGCUGGGGGCCAGCGGGCAGCCGGCCCGAAAGCAGUGUGGACCUGCGCGGGGCGGCCCUGGCGCACGGCCGCCACCUGUCCAGCCGCCGCAACGUCCUGCACAUCCGCACUGUUCCUGGCCACGAGUUCUUGCUGCAGUCGGACCAGGAGAGCGAGCUGCGCGCCUGGCACCGCGCGCUGCGCGCAGUCAUCGAGCGGCUGGAUCGGGAGAAUCCCCUGGAGCUGCGUCUGUCCGGCUCGGGCCCGGCGGAGCUGGGGGAGCUGAGCGCCGGGGAGGACGACGAAGAGGAGUCGGAGCCCGUGUCCAAGCCGCUGCUGCGCCUCAGCGGCCGCCGGAGCUCCAGUCGGUGUCCUGAAGGCGCUGAGCAGAACCGAGUGCGCAACAAGCUAAAGCGGCUCAUAGCCAAGAGACCGCCUUUGCAAAGCCUGCAGGAGCGGGGACUGCUCCGAGACCAGGUGUUUGGCUGCCAGCUGGAGUCACUGUGCCAGAGGGAAGGCGACACCGUACCCAGCUUUGUGCGGCUCUGCAUUGCUACUGUGGAUAAAAGAGGUCUGGAUGUGGAUGGCAUCUACCGGGUGAGCGGGAACUUGGCUGUGGUCCAGAAACUCCGCUUCCUGGUGGACAGAGAGCGGGCCGUCACCUCCGACGGGAGGUACGUGUUCCCAGAACAGCCAGGACAAGAAGGGCGACUGGAUUUGGACAGUGCUGAGUGGGAAGACAUCCAUGUGGUCACCGGAGCUCUCAAGCUCUUCCUCCGGGAGUUGCCCCAGCCUCUGGUGCCCCCCACGCUGCUGCCCCAUUUCCGUGCUGCCCUUGCACUCUCCGAAUCAGAGCAGCGCCUCUCUCAAAUACAAGAAUUAAUAGGCUCAAUGCCGAAGCCCAACCAUGAUACUCUGCGGUACCUCCUGGAGCAUUUAUGCAGGGUGAUAGCACACUCAGAUAAGAACCGCAUGACCCCCCACAACCUGGGAAUUGUGUUUGGACCCACCCUGUUUCGGCCGGAGCAGGAGACGUCGGAUCCAGCAGUCCACGCCCUCUAUCCGGGGCAGGUAGUGCAGCUGAUGCUCACCGACUUCGCCAGCCUCUUCCCCUGACCAGGCAAGGAAGGGAGCAGCUGUCCGUUGGUCACCCUUUGGUGGUGGUGGCAGGGUGUUCUGAGAUCGUCGCUUCGAAUCCUGUUUCCUGAAUGACUAUGUGAGAGGAGAGGCUGGGAAGGGGUGAGGGAGCUGCGCGGCAGGGCCUGGGAGAGCCAGCCACACCUCUUGUUCCCUGUGCCACCUUCCCCAAGAUAACACGUAAAGCAGC